AUGCCGGUAUUCACUGUUUCAAACCGGUUAUGUGUUAUCAUGGUUGGACUUCCAGCUCGUGGAAAGUCUUUCAUAUCUCAAAAAAUUGUGCGGUAUUUGUCGUGGUUGAGUGUACCUUCCAAGUGUUUCAAUGUUGGCCACUAUAGGCGGUUAAUGGGAACAGUGCAUCCAAAGGCGGCGUUUUUUGAUCCAGAUAAUGAGGAAGGGUUGAAACUACGGGAAAUGGCUGCCGAAAGAGCAUUAGAAGAUAUGCUAGAAUGGUUCACCGCGGAAGAGGGUAUUGUUGCUAUUCUUGAUGCCACCAACACGACAAGAGCAAGAAGGGAAUGGGUUGCACGGAAAUUAAGGGCAAAUUCGAUUGAACCGAUGUUUUUGGAGAGCUGGUGUGACGAUCAGGACUUGAUACUUCGUAACGUGGUUGAGCUUAAGAGCACAUCUCCUGACUACGAGGGCGUAGAAUCCGAAGUGGCCAUACAUGACUUUCUAGCUCGAAUUAAAAAGUACGAGAAGAUUUACCAACCGCUAGACGAGAGUCAUGACAAAGAAUUAACUUUUGUAAGGCUUAUUAAUGUCUCUCAGCAGGUGAUUAUAAACAGGAUCGAAAGCUACCUUGAAAGUCGCAUCGUGUUCUACAUCAUGAAUUUACAUAUUAAACCACGCUACAUUUGGCUAUCGAGACACGGCGAAUCCAUUUAUAAUGUCGAGAAGAAAAUAGGCGGAGACUCUCACCUUUCACCCAGAGGUCUCCAGUAUGCGCGUAAAUUACCGGAAAUCGUAAAGCAGUCUGCUGGAGACGCGAAUCUUACCACAUGGAUCUCAACACUUGUUCGCACAGGCGAAACAGCCCAAUUUCUGCCAUAUAAGCAAUUACAGUGGAAAGCACUUGACGAACUAGACGCUGGAGUUUGCGAUGGCAUGACAUACUACGAAAUCCAGGAAAAGUACCCUGAGGACUUCAAGGCUCGGGACGAUGAUAAGUUCGAGUACAGAUACCGCGGUGGUGAGUCUUACCGCGACGUCAUAGUUCGCCUAGAGCCCGUUAUCAUGGAGCUUGAGCGUCAGGAAAACAUACUAAUCAUCACGCAUCAGGCUGUUUUACGCUGCAUCUACGCGUACUUCAUGAACGUGCCUCAAGAAGAAUCUCCCUGGGUCUCCAUUCCUUUACAUACCCUCAUAAAGCUUGAGCCGAGGGCCUACGGAACACGCGCUACACGUAUUAAAGCCGACAUACCUGCUGUUAGUACAUAUAAGGAGCGCGGUUCAAGCCAGUUAAAAGACCCUCAGUAA